AUGGCCUACACGCAGGCCAUAGUGCCGUAUGUGGGGGUGGCCGCACCAGAACCAGAGUUGACAGAAGCUUCAGAAGCCUGCGUAUUGUGUGGGCAAGCGAUCGACUCGGGAGGGCAUGACUUCGACAUGUGCUUCGAGCAUCACCUGCCGGUCAAGCGGGCCUCGAUGCCAAGGUCUGUCGCGCCGCUGAAUCGUCAACUGUUUCGGAUUGGUAAGUUGCCUGCCGGACCAGCCGUUCUAUCUCACAGCUACUUGGAACUCCCCGAGCGCCUGGCGUUGGCAUGCGCCUCAUCGCAUGCGAACAAGCUUUGUGACGAUGACGAGGGAUAUGCCCAGUGCGCCACUUCCUUGUGGACGGCUUUGUGGGGGUCGGUCAGCAUCCCAGAUGGGCGCUGCGGCUGCCAUUUCAGUUCUCCUGAGCAUGUUCAAUCCAUCAGCCCCAGGAUGAAAGCCAUGGGACUCUGGCACCUCCGGUCUCUUACGGCCCUCGACAUUGAGGUGAGGGAUUUAAGUAACAAGUGUCGGGCAUACACUGUGGAGCCGCAUGUGACCGUUGCAGAGUUUCGAAACCUGGUCGCGCAGACCUUCCAUGACCCGCCGUGGGAUCUCAUCUGCUCGCCGCAGAUGAAGCGUCUCUCCCAUUCAGCAGCCCCUCUUGCAGUGUACCUCUGGCCUUCAUUCUGCAGGGGCCCUCACGCACGGAGGCCACCACUUCUGAAUGUGACGUGUCAGCUGUUCCCGUGGUGCAAUGCUUAA